ACGGUGGGUGUGUCUUACAGUAUGAGUCUCCACCAGAGAGAGAGAGAAAGAGACAGAGAGGUGGCGGUGAGUUAGUGAAGUCCUGAAAAUGAACCGGUAACGUAGUUUGAGACAUUUGUAGGGCCUUAAAAGAGUCGUUUCAUGUUUUGAAUCCUUUACACAGACCGAAAAUUGAGAGGAGAGGAGAGGAGAGGAGGGUUUUCCGGGCUUUUAAAGCCACGUUUCACGUUGUCGUUAAAAUUAGCGUCAGUUAGUUAGUCGGGUGAUCUUUGGCUCUACGGCGGUAGAACAUUAACGUUAUCUAGCACCGCGCUCCUCACUGGAUUUCAGCUCCACCGUGGAUCGAAACCCUCCUCUGAAGGACUUUUCUGUCGUUUUUUUUAAUGUGGCACAGCUUGAAAAUUGGAGUUUUCCCCCCUUCAAAUGACGUGGACGAGCACCAUGAGCAGUGGUUACAGUAGUCUGGAAGAAGAUUCCGAGGAGUAUUUUUUCACCGCUAGAACUUCCUUUUUCAAGAAACCUUCAGGGAAACUCACAGAGCAGAAGGAUGUGGAGAAGGAGAAAGAACUGCGUACUCAUCUCAGUCUUGAAGAGAUCAGGCACAAGAUUAAUCUCUACAACGCUGCCACAAGAGACCACCUCAAAAUGACACUGAAUACUGAUGGCCUCUACACGGGCUUUAUAAAGGUGCAGUUGGAGCUGCGGCGGCCCAUCACCGUGACAGGUGGAGGAGUGAAAGGGCAGGAAGCUUUCUAUUUGCCGUCUGGCUGUGUCAACACACUGCACGUCAGCAGCUCCAACACUGUGCGGCAGGUGAUUGAGGCUUUGCUGCGCAAGUUCACUGUGGCAGACAACCCGGCUAAGUUUGCCCUCUACAAACGCUUCCGCCGCGAUGACCACGUCUGUAUCUGUAAGCUGGCAGAAGGAGAGCACCCUCUGCUACUGCGUCUGCUGGCAGGGCCCAACACAGACACACUCAGCUUCGUACUGAGAGAGCAGCAGACUGGGGAAGUCAUGUGGGAUGCAUUCUCCAUCCCAGAGCUACACAACUUCCUUCGCAUCCUGGAUAAGGAAGAGCAGGAUCAGGUUCGUGUGAUAACCACCCGCUACAACACCUAUCGAGAAAAGCUGGAGGAAGCGAUCCGAGCAGCCAGCAGCCCUGACUAACACCAUCUCUCACAGAGAGAGAGAGAACUGCUUUAGAGGACUCCAGGAAUGCUCCCUCUGGAGGCACAGAGAAUGAGGUGGAGGACUUCUAAAAACUCUGCCCUCCAGAGAGCACACAUGAUGAGAUUCUACAUGCUUUCUCAGAAUGCACUCUUAGUGCCAUAUUCCCAACUCUGCUCUCUCGCGCGCUCUCUCCUUCAAAGAUUGUUGGGUUUUUUGUUAGUAUCUGUGGUUGUUUGUAUUUUUUUUUCUGUUUAGUUACCUCUUGAACUUGCGAACGAUGCAAGCCUGAGAAUCUGAUCUGUCUGAUUAUUUUAUUUAAUUGGUGGAUACUAUGGUUUGUACAUAUUUCUUGUUCAUUGUUUUUAAUUUAUGUGGGUGAAGCUUUUGUUCUUUUUUUUAUCUUUAUUUUUUAAAAAAAGAGUCUUAUUUUAUUUUAAAGAAGCAUAGCAACAAUCCAAAUUGAUGGCCGAAUGAAUGGAGGUGUUGGCAGUAAUGGUAGGUACUGUUGACUCACAAUGCUCCCGUACCAAAGAGUAAAUUAAGCUGGCAUGCAUGGUUGGCAAGUCUGUGGCUGAUUUUUUUUAUUUUAUUUUAUUUUAUUUUUUUGGUGGGAUACAGCCUUAGCUGCUGUCCUGAGACAUGGGUAAAUGGUUAAAUGUCUGUUUAGUCACAGUAAAGUUGUUUCUAGAUCAGAAUGUACAAGCAGGAACAGAGGAAAAUAGAGGCUCCACUGUCAGUGUUAGUAUUACCGGUUUGGUUAAAUUAUUCCAUGUGAUGUAUCAGACUAAAUAGCAUGCUUUGAUGCACUAUUUGUCUUUCAAUGGAAGAUUACAGUGAUGGAGAUCCGGAAGGAAUAUUGGACAUGUUGCGUCUCAAGUGAUUUGAGACUGUAAGGAAAACUGUGAAGAAGGAAGAAAGGAUGUGUAGACAAAGGCCUAAUCACUGAUAGAAAAUGCAUGAAAUGGCUACUAAAAGAAAUGCUUGGCAGUAGAAAGUAUCAGAAGUACGUUGGUCAGACUUUAAGACUGAAGCUGUUUGGAGGUCUUCAGAAUUCAGAGAGAACAUGAUGGAGUAGGGCACGUUGUCACUGGAGAAGAAACGAUUGCAGGAAGUUCACUUAUUGGUUUAGAGGAAGUUGAAACACAUUUAGAGGAACUGUCAUACGUUGAUGUGGGAACAAACUGAGUUAGUGCGGAGCUUGUGUUGGAGCUGACCUCUGCUAUCUACAGAGCCGGACUUGUCUUUGUUGGUGACUGGCGUCCCUUGUAAACAAAUGACAGAGUGCUUCCAUUGCGGGUCAUUAAGUUAAAUAUGCUCUCGUGAUCGGAGCCUUUAACAGAGAUAAGCAUCAGGAACAAAGCCAGUGUUGUUAGGCACUGGCUUUAGGGAGGGACGUAAUCGGUGUAGUUCUAAAAAGGCAUUAAAGAGAGAGAAGGUUGGCUGUAUAGUCAUUUGCUGGAGGAUCUGUGCCCCACUGUUUAAGGUGUAGGCUGAGGAAAUGGGGUUGGGCCACUCUGCUAUUAGGCCUACAUUUCAUCCGCAGCUGUUGAAGAGCUGUCUGUUCAGUACUGUACAUGUGUGCUUGCCAUUCAGGAUAUGAAGCAUCAUAUUCUAUAUAUAAACCACCACUGAGGGUUUUCACAAAGCAAGAUUUUUUCAGUGAGCCAGAGAUUUUAAGAUUUUAAAAAUAGAAGGCGAUGAAGCAACUGCCCAUUGACUUUGAAAUGUGUUUUGAAUCAGUAGGCUUUCUGUUCAGCUGAACUAAUUGAAAUAACUGUCUGUGGUAAUUGCUUGCACACUACACAUGCGCAGAUAGACAUUAGAUUAAAAUCACUGGAGUAUUCCUUUGUUAUCUAGCUAAACUGAGAAAUCCUGAUACUAUAAAAUACCCUCGUGUAUGCAAGUGCUGUAAUUUUCUUGAUCUGGACAGACACGUUGUAUGAUAUACCUGUAUUUCUCCUCUGAUGCUCUUUCAGAUGCUGUUAAAUAUACUGUAGUAACUGUAGUAAUCUAUGCAGAUUUCAGCAAAAGAAGUGUCUUAAGAGCGGACGGUCGGUCAUCGAGCUAUGCUAUUUUGUUAAGGUUAACAUUUACACCAUGUUAAGUUUGUUAAAUGAUACUUGUGUAUCAGUGGUUGAUUUCUUUAAUAUGUAUACAUAUUUUAUUUUAUGUUUCUGCUAGUACUGCAUGAUGGUUUUCUGAUGGGUACUGCAUAAUAGUUUGUGUUGCAUUGUCCAUUGAAGUAUAAUUGUGGUGAUGUGGGGACACCUUAUGGUCAUCUGCUGUAAUAGCAUUUUUACUUUGUCCUGUAGCUCAUCUAUGUCAAGGUUUUUUUUGUUUUUUUUUUGGUGACACAAUUUAUUUGCUUUUACUAUCUUGUUGUAUUUGUUUCCUGUUUAACCAAAGAUCUAAUGAAAAAAAUGUAUAAUUUAAUUUAAAAUUUAGAAAUCUUGCCUGGUGCAAAGAGUCUGUACACCUCAUCUGAACUUAGGUUAAUCUGUAUCUAGCCUGUUAGAAAGCUUCACCGUGGCAACAUUGACUUGUAAACACUGGGUUGAAUAUGAUUUAGAAUGAAAUGUGUAACUGUUGCAGGAGUUUUGAAUCAAUAAGCCAUUGAUAGUAAUAGUCCCGUCGCUCUGUAACUCCAGUAUUAUUAGGUUAUGACUGAGGGUCACACAGGGCAACAGUAAGGAUUUAGACGUUAAAAAGAGUUUUGGGCACUUUACAUUGUAAUCAGGGAAUAUCUUUUAUUUUUGUCUGCUUUGAAUGCUUAUUAUCUUUCAUAGUUGUAUAACAGUAACUAUAUAUUUUAUUCAGUGAAGGCUUAGGCAUGUUCUGUGGAAUUAAUUUUUUCCUAAACUUGAUUUU